AUGAACACUGCACGGGAAUGGCUCACCUGGAGCUUCAGCCCGACCAUCGGCGCCAUGCUCUUCACAUUGCUGUUGUCGCUGUCGCUGCCCAUCAUCUUCCACUUAUUCCUGUACCGCCAGCGCGCCGCUGUUGUAGUACCUUCGUUUAUCCUGCUCGGUCCCAGUGGAGCCGGCAAAACAACCCUUGUCACCCUGUUCGAGCGUGGUACACCGACUGCUACCCACACUUCGCAAGCUCCUCAGACCGUCGCCUGCACCCUUCCCACUGGCGUCACUGCUGAAUCUCACAAAUACCGCGCUUCUGACGACCCCUCGAACAAGAAAGAACGUCGCAUUGAAGUGACAGACACUCCUGGCCAUGGCAAGCUCCGCCAGCACGCCUUUGAUGCUAUUACUGCGACGCCCUCUCUCAAAGGUCUAAUCUUCGUCGUUGAUGCGGCCGCCCUGUCCAGUCCUCAAGGACUCUCUGAGGCUGCUUCUUACCUUCACGACACCUUGCUUGUUUUGCAAAAGAGACACACUGGUGCAAAGAGCAGCAAAGGGCCUACUGGAAUCCCUGUUUUGAUUGCAGCCAACAAGCUGGAUCUGUUCACUGCACUGCCUGCUCAAUUGGUCAAGAAGCGCUUGGAGGAUGAAAUCACAAAAAUCCGAUCAACCAGGGCAAAGGGACUACUUGACAGCGCGGUUGACAUUGAGGGGGAUGAUGAGGACAGGGAAUGGCUGGGCGAAGGCGGUGAGGGCGACUUUAACUUUGGGCAGAUGAAAGAGGCCGAGAUUGAAGUCAGCGUGCUUGGAGGAAACGCCAGCGCAAAGGGCGAGGAAAAGACCCAAGUGGAUGCGUGGUGGGCAUGGAUAGCUCAGCAGAUGUGA